CGGAGACAUGACCUGAAUCUCCUUUCUCUUUCUUGCGCGAGUGAUCGAGUUAAAGUGUGCAACGACGACCAGUGAAAAACAAGAAACAGUCAAGUGCCCGAAGCGCCGGUUACCCGAAUAAUGCGGUAGGAUGACGAGGACCAGGCAAGGAUGGCCCGUCCUCGCCCUUGUGGCCUGCGGCUCGUUACUGCUGCUGUCCUGCGUCGCCACGCAGGAAGUCGCUGCCGGCAAGGACGGCGACAUUGUGCCAGGCGUGAAACCGUUGGAUUCCGAAGUCUCCGCGAAGAAGACCAGCAGCGACGUGACUCCACCGGACUCGAAACCACCCAUUGAACUCAAGAAAAAGACCAUCGCCGAGUUUAGUAAAGCCAAGCCUGAGAUUAAACAUCAGAAACCGUUAUCGUCAAAGGACGUCAAAGUUAACGAUGGCGUCGAAACAACUACUCAGUCAGCCGAUUUCGACACCACCACGUGGUCAACUACCGUCGACGAAAAAUCGAUGAAAUUGGCGGAAAAGGUGCCUUAUACUAUCGAACUGCCAUUAUUGGGGCGAAGCGAGUCAAUCGCACAGGUGACGACGACGAUGACGCCGACGUCGACCACGCAACAACCAAUCUCUAUUUCAACCACCACCGAGGCUACUAAAAAGAUGGAAUCCACGACGACUGUGGUGGGAACGGCGAUGUCUCGUGCGAGAGCUCUCAACGUUUCGGCUGGCGAACCUACAAAUAAUUUGCACUCCAAUACCACUGACCUCAGUGAUGUCAGCAUGGACGACGAGGAUAGGGAGGUGGAAGGUGGAGAGUACAUAGCCUCACAUAACGGUACAUCAGCAGCAAACGUAACAAUGGUAAAUCCAUUGUCAACAGUUGCCCCUAUGUGUAUCGAUGGUAACCGUACUUAUGCCAUCGGAGAAAAAAUCAAGCGAGGCUGCGACGAGCAAUGCCUAUGCGGUAUGGGAGGUAAAAUCAUCGAUUGCGAGCCCAUGUGUCGAACACCGUUAAUCAGAGCGGGCAGGAAAAACAGUGAUCCUUUUUGUAAUGCUCGCGAGCUGCCAGAAAAUCCGUGCUGUGCUAUUUUAGUUUGUAGCGAUUCUGCACCCGAGCCAGACGAAACUUGCGUUUUCGGCAACACAACUAUUGCGCGUGGACAGAAACUUGAAGACGGAUGUUCAAAGAUUUGUAUUUGCGAGGCAGGAGGUCAUUUGAAGUGCCAGCAGAGGUGUCCCCCAAAUGAAACGACGACUGGUGUUAACCAGCACGAUCGCUGCGUUGUUUUGAAAGAUCCUGGAGACCCUUGCUGUAGCAUUACAUUGUGCGACGUUACUUUGGGCGAUCAUGAAAUAAAGCCCGAAGGUCCAGCGGAUUUGUCUGUCAACCUAACGGACGUAAAGGUACUUAAUUCGACUGCAAUCAAGCUGAAAUUAUCCUCAAAGUUACCAGACGAAGUCACGGUAGAGAUUUCAGAAAAUAAUCAUCUAUGGAGACAAGUCAAACCUACCAAAGACGGAAUACUAUCGAAUUUACAACCAGGUCACGGCUAUUAUGUUCGUAUCGUGGAAGGUCCGCGAACAGGUCAAGCAAUUCAUGUAUCAUUACUCGCCGAAGUGCCGAAAGCUAGCGUUACGGAAAAAAGCGAAAAGGGUACUUGCAACCAUCGCGGUAAAACCUACAAGAUUGGUGCCGAGUGGCACGAUGAAUGCAUUGCGGUGUGCUUCUGCAACGAAACCGCUCAAGUUGAAUGUGUCACGAUCGAAUGCCCCACGGACUUUGGUCUCGACGUGCUUGAUCCUCACUGCUUAGAUUGGGAAACUGUACCGCCCAAUCACGUGCCGAAAGCUCCAAACUGUUGUCCACAAGAAGUUCGAUGCCGAAAUAACGGAUCAUGCAUGUAUGAAGGCAAAAUGUACGAGAAUUGGUCGCAGCUGCCAACCAACAUAACAGGUUGCGAAAAGGAGUGUUACUGCGAGUUUGGAAAUGUGACCUGCAAUCCUAUUUGUCCACCUGUACCACCGCAGCCAUCGAGUACUCUUAAUUGCAAACCACAAAAUGCCAUUCUUACCUAUUUGCCAAGUGACUCUUGCUGUCUACACUGGGCUUGCCCCCCUUCGAGUGGACCGAUUGGACCAGGAAUGAACUCGACUACAAGCGUAUUCCCUGGUCCUCUAGCUAUAGACACAACGGCCAAGCAGUCAAAAGAUAAAACACAGUCUAGUAAGCCAAGUCAGAAGCCUCCUCAGGCUACGUUGUUCCCAUGGCUCACUACCACUCAUCCUCCCCAACCUCAGUUUCCUCCUAACUCUGAUGUCGUUCAUUACCCCAUGGACCCGGGUCACCCUACAGUUCCUUACAUUGGCCCCUAUAAUCCUGACUUUAAGCCAACGCAGCCGAGCAUAGAAGACGUUUUUCAUCUGGAUCACACGGAAAAGGUGGCUUCAGUCAAAGAGAAGAACAAAUCAAAAUCUGACUCGAAAAAACCCGUGGAUUUGAUCAAAUCUCAUAAAGAUAACAUCGAUACCUUCCCGGGUCCUUUAGCGCCCGAUCGUUUCCUUGAGAAACCCCACAUUUCGGAAAAACCAAUCAUCUCACCGAUUUCUAAACCCGCCAGUCCAAACAAACUUCCGGGCUUAAACAAAGAUCUUCCAGGACACGUUGAACAACCACAAUUCAUACCUUUGAAUGUGCCCGAUCAUGAUUUCACUCCAGCCAACGGUGAAAAUAUUCCGCAAUCUCAUUUUGAUACCCUUGUGGAAAAUACAGCUGCUGGACCAGCCUAUGGAUCUCGGCCUGAAGAUCCCAAUAACGUCGUACCAGUGUCCAAGAAAAAACUACCAGUUUCAGAUGAAAAAGGAAAACCAUCAUCCAUCAAGAUCUCUCAAAAGAAUCCUGAUGCCAUCCCAGAUGAACUAUAUCAUCUGAUCAAUCAACAACAUCCAGGCUUGAUUGAAUUGAACAACAAACCACCUACGGGACAUCCUGGACUGUAUGAUAUUCAUCAAGAAAUCGCUACUGGAGAUAAAGGUCGUCAACCAUAUCCUCAGCAAUCAGACUACUUUGGACCUUCGAAAAAAGGAAGCAAGCCGCAGAUAUUUACGCAAAAGGAUGAAAGUGGUCAGACAACCUAUCAUGUUCAUGCGGCUGAAGUACCCAGUACACCUCAGCAAUUGGAGGACUUACUUGUUCAUAUUGCUCAGCAUGAUCCUAAUGCAAACCUGUAUCAGCAACAACAUUAUCCUGUACAGCAACAGCCUGGUGAAUUACCUCCACGUGCUGGCGAUCUUAACCCAGCUCAGGCUGGUGUACCAUCACAUCUUGGUCCGCACGGAUUUGUUCCUCAAGAUGCUGGUCAGACAGAAUAUGGCCACGGUCUUCCACCAGUCAAUCCAUAUGAAAUAUUAGGUCAAGCAAAUAUACCCACACCUCAGACGUACGAAAUAAAUGUUGAAGAUUUGCGAGCGAUAAGUUCAAACAGUGUACGCUUGGUGUUCUCGGUGCCUGCUCUUUUAGUCGGACUACAUGGCCGAGUGGAAGUUCGUUACACAAGCGACUUAUCGAGUAGUGAACCUUCUCAAUGGAAAUCUCAAACGUUUGCUCCUCCUGGAGAUCUAAUUGACACUCAGGAACUUGAAUUUGAUCUGAGUGGUUUGAAACCUGCAACUACAUACAAGCUUAUGAUAAUGGUAAGGUUACGUGAUUUGUCCAAUGUACAUUCAAGUAGAGUCUACGAAGUUCGCACACUCGACAAACGAUCGGGAGCAUCGGUACCAGCUGAUCUCAGAAUUGAUCCUGAGUUCAAAGUUAUUGAUGUUAAUGCCACCUUUGCUGAGUUCGAGUGGAAGAAGUUCACCGAUUACGAGUUGCAGUUUGUUGACGGCAUUUAUCUUAUGUACAAAGCCGCAGAUGAGAAGACUUAUUCUGUAACGCCAUUGUUACAUAGAAGCGUAAAUCGCUACGUUCUUGAUCAUUUGAGACCGUUGACAACUUACGAAGUUCAUCUCAGCACUAAAGAUAUUAUCGGACAAGCCAAUGUCCUGAUCAACGGUCAAAGGGUUAAUUUCACAACUAAAUCGGAAGUAGAUCCGUAUUCAUUCGACAUUAAAGUAGAAACCAAAAAUGUCAAAGCUACAGAAGUCGAAGUAGCGUGGAGUGGUGUACCAGAACCUCAAGAUAAAUAUGUUAACAUUUAUAGAGCAGUGUACAAGAGCGACAGCGGUAAAGAGGAUACGAGCACAUUCAAAAUUGCUAAAAAGGAUUCGCCAGCGAAAACAAUUAUUAGCGAUUUGAAACCAGGAAUUCGGUAUCGUCUCUGGAUAGAGGUUUACUUGACCAACGGUAAAGUCAAGAAGAGUAACGUUCAAGACUUUGUUACCAAGCCGGGAAUUUCGUUACCACCCGGUGCUUCUCAACAGCAAGGUAAACUUGCAUCGGUAUCUCUUCACGAAGGUGACUACUAUGGACCGCUGGUUAUAGUUGCAAUAGUAGCUUCAUUAGCCAUACUAUCGACUUUGAUUCUUCUAAUGAUGCUUAUGAAAAGAAGGACGAGUAGCAAGGCUGAUAUAUCACCACGAAAAACUACGUCAGCCUACGACAAUCCUUCCUACAAGACCUGUGAAGAAACAGUUCCUAAUGGUCGAAAUCGAUCUUCUGAACACGAAAUGACUACGAUUAAUGGCAGUAACGGCCUUGCGAAAGAAAUCGCAUAAAAUUAUGUAAUUUAUACAUAAAUUGGAUAUUUAUUUAUAUUAGUUAUACAGCUAACGACAGAUAGCUAAAAGCCCAUACAUGUCAAUUCCGUCCAUAUUUUAUAAGUUUGUUCCUCAGUCAUCGCUGAAGUGAAACUGAGAUGUUUUAGCUUAUUUUAGUUUAUAGUAAAUUAGUUAUGUCAAUUGUAAUAUUUUUUUUUGUUUUUUUAACAUCUAAAAUUAAAAAUUUCAAAUAUUAACAAAGGCAAAUAAUUCCGAGACAUAACAAUCAUAACAACCAUUAUUGUUAAUCAGGUCUCGCUCUUAUAAAAUACCUGAAGCAAUGUAAGAAAGUUAUUGUACAUAGAAUUUUAUACAUACAAAUUAUUUAGAAUGUAAGAUACAGAUUUUUAUAUAGUUUAAUACUUUUACUAAAAUAAGAUAUGGAAAUUAUGUACCAUCAUAUCAUAUGACUAAAAUUUUUAGAAAGUCAAUUAAAAUUAUUGUUAUUAUUUCCAUUUAUGAAUAAUGCGUUUAUUUUGAAUUAUUAAAAAAUCAUUUAGAUUAAGAACAUGUUAUUACCAUAACUAAAUAAUAUUAGAUAAUUAUGUAUUUAAAAGUAUUUCAAAAUGUCAAUUGCGCAAUAUUAGCGAUAAUUUUUGUACAGAUAGUUAAGUCGUGUAAACUAAAUAUCAGACUUAUAAGCAAUAAAUCUAUUAAUCAAAAAUAGAAAGUAU